AUGGCCCCAACUCAAAGCUUCCAAGAAGGUGAUGCACUGGAGCAGUCCCAAGCACUAGAGAGUCUCAAGAGUGGUGCCGGUGAAACCUCUGACAAGGACAGCGACACCUUGAUGAUCUCGGACCCCUCCUUCUUCAAUCCUGCCAGCCAACCUACCUUUGUUCCCUCAACACCAGGAGCAUCUUCCACCAUGCUAAUUUUGGUCUCCGGUAUAUCGCCUAAGGGGAAGUGCAAGGGGAAUCCAUCAGCAUCAGGCUGGUCCAUCAAAUCUGCCCACAUCAGCAUGCCUGAGGCCGUCCAGCAAGUGGGCUCUGAGAUACAGGGACUCUCCAAGGGUCUCACCACGUCCUUUGAUCAUGCCACAACCGCCUUGGAAGAGCACAGCGCACAGCAUCACACAAGGAGACUUUUCUUUGAGGUCUCUGAGGCUCCUAUGUGGAACCAUACUGGCAGCUGUCUUGCGACUUCUGGAGCUAUUGAGAUUGCUUCCCAUCUCACAUUGUGUUUCUUAGCUGUUUUGAGUAUACGUCUCAGGAAUGAAUUGACCUUGGCACUUGGUUUGACAACUGGGGUGUUUUUGGCCACCACAGCUAUGAGCUCAUUUGUGAAAAAGGUGAAUUUCCAAGCUCUGGAUACCAGGGCAUCUUCAAUAUCUUUCAGCAUUCCUUGGGUGGUAGUAAGAAUGCCAUUUCUCCCAUCAAUUGAGAGCGGCUUCAAUUUUAUCCAGUAUUGGGGACCAGAUGGCUUGCUCUUCAACUGUAGUAUCACCGGCAAACAUCGUUACAACAAUGCCGGGUUCUAUGGCGAUAUCAAACAUAUAGGGACUGCAUGGUGCUUAUUAGGUUUUCUGCACUAUGAUCACACUAUUUUCUUCACUUGUCUCAGUAUAUUCCAUAAUCAUUUGAAUGGGACGUCCCUGUUCAGCAAGGUCAUGACAAACUCCACCACCUCACACCAGUAUGAGAGUGUCCAGAUUGACCAUGGUCUGGGAGCAGCUGCUGCAGAACAUCAUGUGGAGGCUCCAAAAGAGGGUGUAAGAAAUGAAAAGUUGGGCUGA